CGCCUCUCCCAGCCUCCCCUCCGCCGAGGCGCAGCAGCCCGCGGCAUCCCUCUCCCCUCCCAGCACCCCUCCGCCCCAGCGCCUUCCCCAGCAACGCCACUAACAAAAGCCUCGCCAGAGCCGGCGUCGGGGUGGGGGGCGAGCGGAGGGGGGGCAUUGCCCCUCCUGCCCCUGGCUGACAGCACUUGGGGGAUCUCCCUUCCCUUCGCUUUUUUCCUCUGCCCUGGAGUUUUUAGCCAAGCCGGGAGUUAGCUCAACACCUCCCUACCUUUGCCCGAAGCUGGGGACCCUAGCGGGGGAGGCUGGGGGAGAGGGAGGAAAAUGAAUGGAGCCUGCCGUUGUGUACAAUUGCAUCAAAUACAUUCUUGAAAGCAACCUGGUUCUGCUUAACACUUGAAUUUCGAAAAAAAAAAAAAAAAAAAAAAGGGAGGCAGCAGCUUGGAGAGAGGGUGUAUGCGAGCUCGCGUUUUUUUAUUCUUGCAUUCCUGGACACCAAUCAAAAGAGCAAAUCAAGGGAGGUGGAAGGGGGAAAGGCAGCGAGCGAGGGAGCCGGAGCGUGGUGCAAACCGUGCACACACUCACACACCAAAAAAACACAGCCCAGACGGCUUUUUCCACCUAACACCCAAGCAAACACAAACCAAAACAAAUAGGGAGAGGAAAAAAAACCCUGAGCGAGAGCGCGUGAGCGAGAGCCAGGGCAGAAGAGACCAGGCAGGCUUCGCCGUCCGCUUGGGGCUUGGGGCUUAGAGCAAUAACUAACCCCAAGUUUGGGCUCCUCUCGCCCCCUCUGCGCCUGCCUUCCCCCACCCCAACCCCACACCCUGACUCUACUAUGCUAAAUGUUGCUGGGGAGAUUUCAGGAGAUUCUUGGGGGAUCUUUGCCUUCCUGUGCGCCGCGCUCUGCAACCUGCCCGCGGUGCCCGCGCUGAACGGCACGGACGAGCUGGGCGCUGGCCAGUCCAUCCAGAAGACCUACGACCUCACCCGCUACCUGGAGCACCAGCUCCGCACCCUCGCUGGCACCUAUCUGAACUACCUGGGUCCCCCCUUCAAUGAGCCCGACUUCAACCCACCGCGGCUGGCGCGGGCCGAGCGGGUGCCCAGCGCCACGGUGGACUUCGACCUGUGGCGGGGCCUGACCGACAACGCCCGCCUGGCCGCCAACUACCGGGCCUACAGCCGGCUGCUGUGCUAUCUGCGGGGCCUGGAUGGGCAGGCGGGCACUGCCGAGCUGCGCCACAGCCUUGGCCACUUCUGCUCCAGCCUCCAGGGCCUGGUGGUGAGCAUUGCCGGUGUCAUGUCCUCCUUGGGCUACCCACUGCCAGCUGGCACUGCUGCCGGUACCCCUGCGCCCGCUGGGGCCUCUGCUUCCCCUAAUGACUUCCUCAAGAAGAUGGAUGACUUCUGGCUGCUCAAGGAGCUGCAGACCUGGCUGUGGCGCUCGGCCAAGGACUUCAACCGCCUCAAGAAGAAGGUGCCUCCUGCCGUGGUCACACUGCGCCUCGAGGCGCGGGGCUUCUGAGCCCGCCACCCACCCUGCAGUACCUGCAGCCACAGGGCACCACUACAGCCACCCUGCGGUCUCCUGUCACCACGCUGGGCCUUGAGGGAUAGAGCACCUUCCCUCAUGUACCACCAUGGUCACCCCACGUCCCCACCAUCACCACACUGUGCCUUAAGGGAUGGAGCACCUCACUCUCAUGUGCCACCAUGGCCACCGCACAACCCCUGCCCCCCCCCCCCCGUCACCACACUAUGCUUUGAGGGACAGAGCUCUUCACCCUGAUGUGCCAGCACAGUCAUCCAUGGCACCACACUGUGCCUUGAGGGAUGGAGCUCCUGACCCUGAUGUACCACCACAGCUGCCCCAUGUCCCUACUGUCACCACAAUGGGCCUUGAGGGAUGGCGCUCCUCAUCCCCAUACGCUGCCAUGGCCAACCCACAUCCCCUCUAUCACUAUGUUGUGCCUUGAUGGACAGAGCUCCCAGCCCCAAUGUGCCACCAUGGCCACCCCACAUCCCUGUCAUCACCAUACUGUGUCUUGAGGGACAGAGCUCCUCACCCCAGUGUGCCACCACAGCCACCCUAUACCCCCCCCCACUGUCACCAUGCUGUGCCUUGAGGGCCAGGAUGGCUGUCUCUGAUGUGCCACCAUGGCCACCCCACAUGCCUUCUCACCGUGCUGGGCCUUGAGGCAAGGGGUUGUGAGGCUAUGGCAGCCACCAUGCCAAGUCCACCCUGGCCCCUGCCACCCUGCUGUGCCCCAUGCCCACUCAGUCAGGGUGCCCUGCACCCAGGGCUGCCCCCUGGAGGGGGGGGGCAGCCUUCUCCCCCCUGCCCCAUGGUAGCAAUAAGCCCUGCCCCAUGGACAGCAGGGUGGGCUUAAGCCCCACCCACCCCCAAAAGGACCAAUCCUGCAGAGCAUAGGAAUAAACCCUGCCCUGCCCAGCAGCAAUAAGCCCCACCCCAAAAGCAGUAGGCUCCAUCUCUCCACUCCAGAUGGCAACAAGUCCCUCCCAUGACCUAUGUAGCAAGCCCCACCUCCUUUCCCAGCUCCACCUCCAGGUGCCUCACACCCCAUCUAUCAGCCCCGCCCCCGCCAGCUGCCUAGUGUCCCCUAAGGGCCCGUCCACAAUGCCUUGGUGGGUGGGGCCAGGCCUAAACUGGGCGGGGCCUGCCACAGCCACCAGCCAGAGCAGGCAGGGGCCCACGCUGCAGUGGGAGGGGCCUGAAGCAGGAGGGUGGGGCCCGGCUGGGGGCAGAGCCCAGGGGCCUACCCACCUGGUAAUGCUAUUGCAGCCCUGCCCUGGCAAAACACCUGCCAAUCAUGGUAGGGGGUGGGGUCAGGCAGGAGGGGGCGGGGUCCCCAGGGACCACUGUUUUGGUGCGUCUAAUGAGUGUUUAUUUAUUGGAGAUUUUAUUUAUUAGGGUAUUUAUUGCAGAAGAUCUAUUCUUGUAUUAACAAAUAAAAGGCUUUCUCCAGUG